AUGAUGGUCACAAUUCCUCGAAUUUUUCUUGUGGCGUUGGGCUUCGUCGUCUCGGCCACCGUGAACGCGAGCCCCUCAAUGCCGACGGGUGAGCCCGAAGCUCAACAUGCGGACGACUGUGUUGCUUGGUAUACACCUCAACUCCAAACUCCUCCAGAGACCUGCAACGACGUUGUCAAUAUGCACCCAGGGCUUGAUUUGGCCACCUUUCUCAAAAUGAACCCUAUGAUCCACCCUUACUGCGACAACAUGCAGCUUGGCCAGAAGGUCUGCAUUCGAGCUAUUCAGCAGAAUGAUUGUGCACAGCCAGCAAACCCCAGUGCACAGCCAGCAAACCCUAGUGCACAGCCAGCAAACCCCAGUGCACACCCACAGGAACCUAGUCCAAAACGGUGGGAAACUAGUACCACACCGAAGCCACAGGGACCUAGCUCCAUCGCUUCUCCUGGAUGGCAUUGA